AUGGGAAAUAAGAAUGUCAAGAAAUAAAAGCGCUGAAGAAAUAAAAGUAUCAAGGAAGUGGCUAUUGGGAAAUAAAAAUGUCAGUGAAAAUUUUUUGGGUAAGCAUUUGUUAAAGAAAAUAAUGUUGAAGAAUGAUAGAGAAUCCUUCUCUGAUAUCACUCUUCACUAUUUUUUCUUAACUCCACCUUUUCUCAAUAUUACUCUUUCCUGA